AUGGCCGCGCCCAUCAAACAAGAACCUGGAGCUGGUCCCUUCAUCAAACCCGAUCCCGAUACCAAAGAAGGUCCUGCAGGCGCGUUUUCGGACGAUGAUCUCUAUGAAGAUGCAGGCGACUUGGACUUUACACAAGCGGGACAAAAUGUGUGGUUGACAAGGAUACCGACAGACUUAUGGAAACACUGGUCGCAAUUAGAUGAUGACGAGGAGAUUCAGAUAGGCACCGUCCGAGUAGAGGGUGAGGCGCAUGAUAUUAAAAGGAUUAGUCUACGGUUAAACGACAGCCCCAACAGCAAAGAUAUCCCAAAAGAUUACAUCCUGCAACGACAAAACGUGGAUCCCAAAAGUGGUUCAUUUGCGGUACAGAAUAGUUAUAUUUUCAGCGAAAAGGAUUUGCCCGGCCACAAGAAUAAGGUUGAUGAGAUGUUUGGCGAGACGCGGUCUAUGCUCUACGAGUCUAUGAAACGGGAAGCGCGAAAGAAAGCGACCAAGAGGAAAUGGGAGCCUUAUGUGCGAAAGACGAUACCUAAGCAAACCGCGCUUGUUGGAAAGGUUGCAGAUGAGUUCAACUGCAUGCCAGUCGAGAAUGCAGAAUAUCAGCGUAUAUCCGAAGCGAAAGCCUUGAAAGCGCUUGAGCCGAAAGAAAAGGUCCGCCUUAUCGAUCUCAGACAACACAAAGGGCCGAACGUCAGAGAAGUUGCCGCUGGGACUGUUGGUGGAUUUGUGCAACAAGCCAAACCCCUCAAGCCUCGCACCCAAGAAAACAAAGCUACCCGGCGCGAGCGAAACGUGCUUUUGGACGAAAUAUUUGGACUGUUUCGCGAGUAUUCUCACUGGAAAUUCGCCGAUAUCAAAGCUAGAACGAACCAGCCUGAACAAUACCUCAAAGAGACAUUGGAAAUGGUUGCUCACCUUGUCAGAACCGGCGAUUUCGCCAUGACAUGGGAACUGAAACCAGAGGCUAGAGAAACGAACUAUGCAAACAUCAUGAUGGGUCAGGUCGGCGAAGAGAACGGCGCAAUGAAAACAGAGCAGGAUGAGGAAAUGGGAGGUGCCUCGGAUAUUGAAGAUGUACAAUUCGAGAAUGUCUGA